CUCACCAGGCGCCAGCUACGAGCACCUCACCAGGCGCCGGCUACAAGCAACUCUACAGGCGUCCAGCCUACAAGCCCCGAGCACACCCACAGGUCUACGCAGCCGAAAGCGAGGGCCACAAUCUAUAAGCCGCUCCCCUGCUUCAAUCCAGCACUGCUACGAGCACUGCAAGCCACUCCACGAUACGGCAGAAGUAUUCACACCAGCAACGAGGAGGCACGCCCCGCUGACCUUGGAACACCCCACAUGCCCCUCGCUCCACAGCUGGCGGAAGUACCGCCGCUGCCGGGAGCAUCGGCCCAAACCUCUUCCGGCAAACAGUCAGCAAGGGUACCCGCGGACAUCUCCCGGUGACUGCAAGCUGUUACCACUACCGUUUCCUGCAAGGCGUCUUCUCAAGAGGUUACACACCCAAGUCGUCUUAUCUGCCACCGCGGCCCAUCUCUUAAUAUAACAAGAACGCCGCGGCCAUCAUACGUCUGGCGGCAGUGUACCGGCACCUAGCCGCUGCCGCUCAAUUCGCUGGGUCAGCAGUUUUCAACCGCCAUUACGAGUCCUCCGAUGUCCGCCCAUCCCUCACCUCACACCGCCGCUGUGGCCGCGGCCAAGGUUUCCUGACGCGCAUACAACGACUGCACGUACCCCAGGGCAUCACAAACCGUCGCCCUCUCCACUACAUCAGCUGAUUAAUCUUGGUAUUUGUGGAUAUUCCCUUCUUGUCAAAAUAUGCCGACUCGGCUUAUUUCAUUAUUGUUCCGUGCAAAGGCACGAUUUUUUUUAUUUUUGUGUUCCUAACACUUAAUCAGUCAUAAUUGUGAGAGUAACGUUCAUUCGCAUACGAUAUUGAUUCUUUCUUAUUGUUUGCUAGCGAGUAUAUUGAGUAUAGUGUGAGUUCCCUGAUCAAAGUUAAUCUUCAUCAGUGUGCCCUGCCUCCGUUUUCUUUUCGCCGCUCGAGAGAAAACGUGAGCUUUAAUGGUAUACUCACUUAAAAUACCACAGUGUUUAUAGUUAUUCUUUCAUAUACCCAUAUCAUUAUGGCAUUCCAUUAUAACCUUAACUUCUAUUACAUCUAACAGGCACCUUGCUAGCCAUUCUUUCUUGCCUUUUUAGGGUUUCGGCGCAAACUAUUAAUUCAUACACGUUCCGUUUAUUGGUUAAUAUUUACAGCUAUCAACAUAUGCUCCUAUUUUGUAAAUGAUUUACACCAUAGUAUGAACAAAGACACUCUCGCUAAACUCGGCGACACCUUUAAACAGUUGGCUCGUCCUUCAAGUGAGGAGGAAUUGGAGCAAGGUGCAGACACCGGUGAUUUAAAUGUGGUAAAUUUGCGAUCGGGGGCUACGUACUCUUCCCUCCCAAGGGAUAGCGCCCCUUCACCUCCGGGUUCGUCUGAAUACUUAACCCCCACUCAGCCGAUCAAAAUGCCUGACGAUCCACCUCCCCCCCUCCUCCCGGGGCCCCACCCCACUUCCCCCCGCCCCCGAUUCGGGUCAUUCCAACUCACGCCAGUAUUCGACAAUUCUCGGGAGGCGAGACCGACUUUUCGGCGAGACAGUUCCUAGAUUUGUGUGAAUCUGCCAUCGUAAAUUCCUCCAUUACGGAAGAUCAUGAUAAAAUCGCUUUCAUUCGGUCACGGUUACUUCCAGGCUCUCGGGCACUGAAUUUGAUGCAGUCCUCAGCGUUCGCUUCGGGGGACAUUGGUGUAAACUAUGAGGUUUUUAAAAGGAAUUUCAUAAAAAUCUUCGGGGGCGGGAGUAAACCAAGCAUCGUUAGACAGAUGGCACACACGGUUGAGUCCCUCCAAAAAAAUUCCUCAACAAAGCCGAUUUGGGACGCCAUGAUUGAGGCAAAUCAGCUGGCGGUUGACUGUGUCAAGAGCCUAGAAGACGCGUUCUGGCUUCCAGGGGGCUGUAUGCAAAAGCACCAGGUGAAGACAGCUUUCGAGUUGUUUUUUUACUUAUUUCAUAUUUCAGAGAAGAACCGCCGUUCUGCCCUUCCUUUGGCCUUCAAACCGAGCGGGAAGUUGGUUGACUUCGUCUCAGAGUUAGAAGUCAAGGUUCAGGAACACCCUCACCAUCAACCCCUCGCAACGGCCGCAGCAUUGCAAGCACAAAAUCAUGAUGUUGCGUUUUCUGAUCAUCUUGUUGUCCCUCGGCUCCCUGCUUGCAACAACGCCCAUCCACCUGAAGCCUGGUGCCCUCACGGCACACAUAGGAGAGGUCUUCCUCAUAGAAGAUGUGCUCCUCGUAAAAUAUCCAUAUACUUCCUUGACCAACACAACUGACACAAUCAGGAUAGUCUCAAAAAAACUACUCGGCAUGGCAGACGCCAUACGGGCUACCAUGACUAGGGAAUCAAAGGCACCUUCUAGUACCAACUCUCUGACUCUUUUUCAACUACUGGAGGAUAGGAUUCUGUUCUUACGGGGAAAAGUUGAUGAGGUAGACAUGGAUUAUAGUUUUCACUCAGUUCACUCUCGGGUAAAGAGGGGGUUGCUCAACAUCGUUGGGUCCGCCUCAAAGUUCCUUUUCGGUACGGCUACCGACGAGGACGUUCGCGGUUUGCGGGACCACUACGCUCAUGUACUUUCCUUUGCUGCCCGAAAUCGCAGGGUGAUCAACGCCAAUUGUAGAAAACUUGCGCGAUUGCAUACUAACAUUGAGGAACUGCUAGAGCAGACAAAUAAGAUGGUAGAGGUUAUCAACAUAGUUGUCAAACAGAUCGACCAGGUGAAUCAGUUUCUCCUCCUAGAUCAGGCCUUGCAUGUAUUGGAAUACGUCAUUAACUCCGUCGCAACGGCAAAUCAGCAGGUUAUUAGCAACAUGGUUGAUGCAGCGCACGGUAGAGUCACACCUGCCUUGUUCCCUCUACACGAUUUGAGAACGACUGUCCAUAUCGGGUAUCAAAAUUAUAGCCUAACACCUUUAUUCACCCCAGACAUGAGUCAAUAUUUUUACCCCUUGAUUGAGUCCAGCCUCACCCCCGAUGCCAUAAGCAUUCAUGUUCCAUUUCAGACGGCGGACGUGUUUGAGGCACACGAAAUUGUCCCGUUCCCUUUUUCAGCAAAGGACAGUGUGUUAGCCCUGGACACGUCCCCGUCUCUUGUUCUAAUCGCGAAGGAUUUCGCUCUGUAUUCAACGGGUAGCUACUCACUCUUGCAAUACUGCAAGGAGACGGUCUUCGGGCGAUUCUACUGCUCUGCGUCUCUCUUUGCCUUCCUACCAGUUCGGGGAGGGGUAUGCGAGAUCGCCCUCACCCGCGUGAACGCGUCUGACGCUCUUUCCCUGUGCCCUUACAAGCAGCUAACACCAACGCCUGUUUUCCAUAAGAACUUUCAGGGUCUGCAUUAUUUUUAUUUCCCUCAGUCAUUCUAUGUAUCGGUCAUCUGCCCGGAGGGUACCACUUAUCAACGGGUUACUGGUCACGAUGCCAUAGCGGAAGCAUGCUAUAUCCGCUCCACUAACAUAGCAACGUACCCGUCCCGGAUCCGUCUGGUUUUCACGGCCAAUAUUUCCCAUCGAGUGUUUCCUCUACGGUCUCUCGAUGACAUUCACUUCUCCAGCAUCUCGUAUGUGACUAAUUCCCUUAAUUCAUUGUCUUUCGCAAACAAAACAGAGUUUGCGGAAACCCUGGAGGAAACGCUGCAUGAUUAUUUGCAUCUCCCCUACCUGUACCCUGGAUUUUUUGUACCAAUAUUCGUCAGUCUCGUUGUCAUGUGCUACCUUAUUAGGAGCCACUCUGUCCUGCACGAUUAUUUGGUUGUGCAGACACGGCGACUGGAUGCAGGGAGGCCACUGGCAAGGUAGUUUUUCCUUUUCUCAGACAAGUCAGGGGACAGAAACCUGGCUGCUCCUAUACUUAACAUUGUACUGUUUCACUAUUUUUUUUUUUUUUAGGAGCUAGAUCAACGUUUCAUUAUCUGUAACUAUGCCAGUUGAUAGCUUCUUAUACAUGUGUCCUUGUAUUUAUCUUGAGAGAUUUAUGUUUCAUGUCACACGUUGUGGUUUACCUCUCACUAUUUAUAUUAUAACUCCACAUAUGUUCUUACUGGCUCACAUAUGUUCUUACAUAGCCAGUGUUUUAAUGUAAUUGUGCCAUAGGCAGUCUGCUUGACCAUAGAUACAUUCAAGAAGAGGUUAGAUAAAGCCAUGGAUGGUGAGGUAAGGUGGAGUUGAGUGUACAGGAGCUGCCUUGUAUAGGCCAACCGGCCUCUUGCAGACUCCUUACGUUCUUAUUUUUGUAUAUCGCGAGGUCGCGAUCACUGGCAGGUGACCGAGUAGUGUUAUAGUAAGAUAUCAAUGUAUUAUUUAAUAUCACUACGAAUUAGGCAUACAAUUGUCAAUGGAAAGAAGCCACGACAGAUAGAUCACGCCACCUUAUAGGAAUGUCGUCCGUCAGUGUUUACCGUCGGAGUUUUGUAUACCUCCCACUCCGAUGGUGCGCAGGUCACUUUGACGUACGUGACCAACUGUAACAAUUAUUUUCCAACCUGUAAUUCGGCACUCCUUCAAGAGUGUCCGACUGACACACAACGACAGUCGCUCUCGCUCCGACGCUUCUUGUACAUAAAGGCUACCAAUAUAAUUCGCCUUAAGGAAGCUGAAGUCUUAAUCAACGCCCUUUAAACGCCCCCCGACAACCCCGUUACAGACUUCACAAGCCAACCCUUCCGAUUAGCAGUUGACCCAAUCCUGGAACUCAAGGUUCUAGAGGAUAACAAUAAACAAGGUAAAUAGUUAGACACCAAUUUACUUCAAAUAAAUUAAAGAAACCCACAACAGCCUCACAAACACUGAAGUCAACAAGACGAAGGCUUCAGCACGCCGGACUCAACAAUGAUCCUUUGCACGGCUUCUUCCUCUCAUGGCGUCCCGUCCUCAGAGUGGCAGUAACGAGGCAGCACAGCUUCGUCCUUGAAGUGGUGUAGACGUGGUAGACGAGGGAGGCGCAGGAGAAGGUGCGUCAGGGUCACGGCAGUAAUGGGAGUCCGAUGCGUGGAGAGGAGUGAGAUAAGGCACCCAAAACAAGCCCAUAGUUCUGAAAAGAAACGAAUGAGAGUAGAGCUGGAACCAGGGCAGAAACAAGUAGUCAGUACGAGGCUUAGCUUCUGUCUGAAGGUGAAGGCGCUGGCCGCCCACCAAGUCGCCUCCCACAGCGGGUUGAGAAGCCUAGGUGGUUCGGUCGACCGAGGCGUCGAACGGCUACAGGCAAACGGGCAGCAGGAGUAUGGUAGGUUGUUCGCUGCUCCUCAACGGCUUCAUGGCGAACGAG